AUGUCUCUGUCCGACUCGAAGAAGCGCCUAGCGCUGUCGAUAAUAGACUUCCUGUCCUCGAUGAAAGAUGGCACUCUCAGCGCAGAGGACGCAGACAACAUCGAUAUUGCCAGCAAUUGUAUUGCAGAAGUCUUCAAAGUUGAUCCGUCGGACAAGGCAGCAAUGUCGGACGCCGUCGGGUCUCAGUCUCUGCUUAACAUCUUCUCUGUCUACGAAAAACUGAACGGAAAGGGCUCGUCCGCAGGAACGCAGGCGCCUCCUCCGGCGCAGUCUGCAGACACCAAGACCAUAAAUCCAGAGGCUGAGAAGCUCAAGAGCGCGGGCAAUGCCGCGAUGCAGCAAAAGGACUACAAGACUGCCAUCGAGAAAUACACCCAGGCGAUCUCUUAUGCUCCUACCAAUCCCAUCUAUCUUUCAAAUCGUGCGGCAGCAUAUUCCGCAAGCGGUGAUCACGCUUCAGCGGUCAAGGACGCCGAGUUGGCGGUAGCCGCUGAUCCAAAAUACACAAAGGCAUGGUCAAGGCUGGGCCUGGCCAGGUUUGCUAUGGGUGAUGCGAAAGGAAGUGUUGAUGCAUACCAGCAAGGCAUCAAUUUUGAAGGCAGUGGAGGCAGUGAAGCUAUGAGGAAAGGAUUGGAGACCGCAAAGAAAGAGCUGGCAAGGAUGGAAGCAGAGGAAGAUAAGCUCCCGGAAGACGACGUGGACGACGCUCCUGGCGAUACUCGUGGUGGCGGUGCUGGAGGCCUGCCGGACCUGUCUAGCCUUGCCGGUAUGUUCGGCGGUGGUCGCGGCGGAGGAGGCAUGCCCGAUCUGUCGAGCAUCAUGAGCAAUCCUAUGUUUGCCUCCAUGGCACAGAAUCUCAUGAGCAACCCCGAUGCACUAAGCGGACUCAUGAACAACCCUACCAUUCAAAACAUGAUGAACAGCCGGAGAGAAGGUGGCGGAGGUGGCAUGCCGGAUAUGAGCCAAAUCCAACAGAUGAUGCAAGAUCCCAACAUCGCAAACCUGUGA